UAAUAUCUAUAUAUACAGUUUUCGAACAGGGGAAGACAACAUCGGAAGGAAAAAAAGACGAGAAAAAGAAACCAUGAACGUAGAAGAAGAGGUCGAGCGACUCAAAGAAGAAAUCAAAAGAUUGGGCAAGAUCCAAGCUGAUGGCUCUUACAAGGUAACAUUCGGCGUGCUAUUCCAUGAUGACAAGUGUGCAAACAUAUUUGAAGCACUGGUUGGGACUCUAAGAGCAGCAAAGAAGCGCAAGUUUGUUACUUACGAUGGAGAGCUCCUGCUACAAGGGGUCCAUGACAACGUUGAAAUCACUCUUAAACCCUCGCCACCAGCUGCGGCAGUGGCAACAAGCUGAUGUUGAUUGGUCCACCUGGCUCAGUCACGAAAAUAAUCACUACUGUGUUUUCUGUUAUGUAAUGGCUUGUAUCUUAUCUCGGAUUGUAUACAUGUUCAGGAAAGUCAACAUUGUGUUGGACAAUUUCAUCUGUCGUCGUUGCUCCUUGAACUCGAUCUCAGUAAAACCAAAUGCUAUCUGAAGGGCAUUUUGUCCUACUGUAUAAGGGACCUAUGUUGUGAA